ACAAAUGUGCGCGACCAGAGGGCGUCAGAAGGUAUCAUAGUAGUUGGAAAUAGAUCAAUAGGUUAUGUUUGAUUAUGGCCAUGUGCAGUUAAGAACGUGAACCAGUGGUAUAUGUUUUUCCUCAGUUUAAUUAAAGCUUUAUCUAUUCUUCAAGUAUUCCAUAAUGACGCGAUUUGCACGAGCCAAGGGUUCCAAAGCCUCCAACGAACGAUUACCAGAUGAGCCGACCCCCUGGCAUAUGAUGAAGCAACAAUUGGAGUGUUCAAUGGCUUUUCAACAAUCCUCCCCAUCUCAGAGGACCAAAUCUGCAAAAGAACUUUUGAAAGAACAAGAAGAGCCUUUUUACUGUAAUGGAGGUGCUGUUGUUCACGAUUGGGCAGAGUUUCCAGAAAAAAAAGUGAAAUCGUUGAUCAGUAAUCAAUCUAAAGACUCUCAUGGAAACUUUACAAGCAAAAAUAUCUCGAACCGGCCAUUGGAAUUGAAUCUAGAACACCUUAAACAUGGACAAACACAAGUCCACUCGGAAAAUAAUGUUUCAUCUUCAAAAAAAUCAAAGAAAAGAAAGUCAAUAACAGAAUACACUCCCCAAGAUCCUACUGAUAACUUUGAUGUACGUGAACAACAUUCCUUCCCCUGGAAAGAAUCAACGGACCAAAACACAAUAUUUACAUUAAAUCCACAAAAUUCUUCAAAAAUCAAGAGUAAAAUUAAUGCUCACCAGACGAAAAAACAAAAAAUAAAUGAAGAAAACAUAUUAAUAACCUUGAAAAAAUCCGAAAUGAGACCAAAUUUGGAAAAAGGUAGCUCUCAGAUAUCCUCUGCUGACUAUCAUUUUGAUAAUUGCCAGGCACCCCCCAAGAAUGUUAAUUUAACUCCCAGAGAAGAGGGGACCUUGCAAGCGCUUCCUGUUAAGCUCAGCAAACGUCAGAAACGGAAUAGAAAGAACAAACUCACCAAAUCAGAAGAGCAAUCAUCUGUCCUUGUUGUUAAAAAUGAAGACAAGAGUGCCUCAUGUGUUUUCAACACAGAGUCGAACGAAUGGAGUAAUGAAAUAAAAUUGGGGAACACGACAAUGGCCAUCAACUCCCCUGAAGAGAAUAACAAAUUCCUAGAAGACAGUGACAGACAGCAAAAUGAAUUGCAAAAGAAAACUGAAGGUCAAAGUAGUUCAAUGAGAGCUGACUUUAUCAAAUCUCGGAAAAAAUUAGACAAACAGAAAGUCGUCAAGAAGCAAAAACUACCAAAGAUUCGAGACGACAAGGAACAUAAGAGGAGAAAGCCCACCUCAGGCCCAACAAAAAUAAUAAUAAAUGGACUGGAAAUCGAAAUAGUUAUGUACGACGGUUUCCCAGUGAAGAAAGAGGACGCAGAAAGGCUGAUGGAGUUGAGAAGGGAAAUGGUUAUGAAGGGAAUUCCGAAGGCGGAAAUCAAUGCUGCUAUGAAGUUGGAAAGGAGAAAAGCAGAGAAAGCGUUAUCGAGGAUCAAGAAAAAUGUUUGCUUUCACUGCAGGAAAGCUGGCCAUAAUCUUUCCGAUUGUCCUGAUCUCGGAAAAGAGGAAGCAGCCAUAGGGAUAUGUUUCAAGUGCGGAUCCACAGAACAUACCCAUUUCGAAUGCAGAGUUACGAAGAAAGAGGAGUUUGGAUUUGCAAAAUGUUUUAUCUGCAGAGAACAGGGACAUAUUGCUAAACAGUGUCCAGAUAAUCCCAAGGGCCUCUAUCCUCAGGGAGGUUCGUGUAAAAUUUGUGGCGAUGUCACUCAUUUAAAAAAAAAUUGCCCAGAUCUUAUGCAGGAUAAAGAGGAAAGUACCCUCACUGUUGCAAGUAUUUUAGAUAAUGCGGUAGAAGAUUUAGUGGGCGAAAGAAGAGUCCAGGAGAAAAAGGAAGAGAAACAGAAAGUUGUGACGUUUUGAUGAGAAAAUUGUAAUUAUAAAUAAAGCAGUAAUAAAUUCGUGGAUGAAAUAAAGAUGUGGAAAACAAUAA